AUUUGUACAGUGGGAAAUUACAGAGUGCGCGUAAAAGCUCUCCAUGUGCGCCAGGAGGGGGCUGUAAUUGCGCCGCGUGCGCGUUGGUUGAAAAGCGCGGCGGUGACGCAGCGGAGGAGAUUUAACCAGCAGGACUUUCUCUUCUCCUGGUCGGUUUCCUGUGGGACAAGAGAGAGAGACACAGAGAGAGAGACAGAGACAGAGGAGCAGCAGCAGGAUAAACCUCCUCAUUCACCAGGACACCGCGUCUUCCAGGUCCCAGCUCCGGAGAGACACCAGCAGCUUCCAGCGCAAGGACCCGAUCCACCAGAGCUCAGGGACUCUGAAGAACCCGCAUCUGAACAGGGGAACAAUGAAGAUGCUGCUGCCUCUGGUGAUCCUCCAGCUGCUCCUGGCUCCAGCUCUCAUGGUGCCCAGUGUGGAUCACUGGGACACGUGGGCGCCUUAUGGAGAAUGCAGUCGCAGCUGUGGCAGCGGAGUGACCAUGAGAACCAGACGCUGUAUCACACUCAGGGCGGAUGGAGGACACAACUGUGUUGGACCAGACAAGUCGUACCGCUCCUGCAACAUCCAGGACUGUCCGGAGGGAUCCAAGGAUUUCCGCGAGGAGCAGUGCUCCCAGUUCGAUGGGACGAACUUCCAGGGGAAACUUUACAAGUGGCUCCCGUAUUAUGGAGCUGAGAACCCCUGUGAGCUGAACUGCAUGCCGAGAGGAGAGAACUUCUUCUACCGUCACCGCAGCGCUGUGGUCGACGGGACGCCCUGUCACCCAGGACGGAGGGACGUUUGUGUGGACGGCGUCUGUAAGCGUCUGGGCUGUGACAACAUGUUGGAGUCUCCUCAGCAGGAGGACCCCUGUCUGCAGUGUGGGGGCAACGGACAGUCCUGCCGCCAGGUCAAGAACAGCUUCGCUGUGCGAGACCUGCCCAACGGCUACAACCAGAUGUUCAUCAUCCCAGUCGGAGCGACCACCAUCAGCAUCAGAGAGACGGUGGCUUCACGCAACUACCUCGCGAUCAAGAACCUGCGCGGUGAGUACUACCUCAACGGCCACUGGGUGAUUGAGUUCUCCAGGGCAACACCCAUCGCGGGCACCAUGCUGUACUACCAGCGAGGAGCUGAGGGCGACAACGUCCCUGAGACCAUCAUCGGCCGCGGCCCCACCACUGAACCCCUGGUGGUUGAGCUGAUCAGCCAGGAGCCAAACGCCGGGGUGGAGUACGAGUUCUACCUUCCCAACGGACGCUCCAGAGAGGGCUACUACUGGAGCUUUGGCUCUUGGUCCGCCUGCAGCAGAGAGUGUGGAUCAGGCUACCAGUCUCGCUUGGUCUUCUGCACCAUCGACAACGAGUCCUACCCCGAUUAUCUCUGCGCAUCUCUGCCGAGGCCUCAGACCAACCGCACAUGCAACCCACACCCGUGCCCCGAAGUCCACAGGAUGGCGUACCUGUAUCCACCACAGUUGUGGAGAUCCUCACAAAGACCCAGAGCCCAUGUAUUCAGCUGGAAAACCGGGGAGUGGAACACCUGCUCGGUCACCUGUGGUGGAGGCUCCCAGGUUCGCAGUGUGCAGUGCAUCUCCCACGAUGCCUCAGGGCCCCGCGUGGUGGAGGAUGCCGUUUGCGCCGCCUACACCGAGGCACCUCCGCCUCUGCAGACCUGCAACAUGCACAAGUGUACCGAGUAUCAGGUGACCACCUGGAGUGUGUGCUCUGUGACCUGCGGUUCGGGGGAGCAGACCAGAGAGGUGACCUGCAUGGGGUCAGGUGGGAUGAGGCUGGAGGAGACAUCCUGCAGCACGUUGCUCCGUCCAACCGCCGUCCAGCCCUGUGAGAUGGCCGCCUGCCUGAAACAGAUCAGCUGGCACGUUGGCGAGUGGGGCCUGUGUUCAAAGAGCUGUGGCUCCGGCUCUCGAGAACGCCAGGUGAUCUGCUCGGACCGAGAGAGGAACCUGUACCCUGUGGGUCGGUGUAACCCCCACCCCAAACCCACCACAGUGGAGCGCUGCAACAGGCAGCCCUGCUACAGUCCACAGGUUGUCCCCAGCGUCCAGGACCCACGAGGACAUGACAACACUCAGACUGUCUUCCAGCCGUACGCUCCGGAUCACGCAACAGUCCGCAGGCCGGAGACGGACCCGACCCAGACGAACGCGGUCCACGACCCUCACAGCUCCGCCCCUGCCCUCCACUGCAGCCAGUCGCAUUACGGCUGCUGCCCGGACGGACGCACCUCAGCUGGAGGCCCUCAGGGUCUGGGCUGCCCUCAGGCCGCAGCUCCCACUCCUGUCCAGCCGUCCUGCUUUCACACCAGUUACGGCUGCUGCCGAGAUGGCGUGACGGCCGCUCAGGGCCCCAACAAGGAGGGCUGCGUGGAGUUUGUGGCCCUUGCACCCACUACUGCUCCUUCCCUCCCCACUGAGAACGCAGUGCAGUGUCGCACCACCACCUACGGGUGCUGCUACGACCGCACCUCACCUGCAGGGGGACCCAACGGGGAGGGCUGCCCCAACCCACCCAACCACAUCGAGCGCUCCAUCUGCUCCCUGCCUCGUGCCGCCGGCUCCUGCAGCAGCUGGAUCUCACGCUACUACUUCGACGUCAUCACGUCCAAGUGUGUGCACUUCUGGUACGGCAGCUGCCACGGCAACAGCAACAACUUCAUGACCCGGGCCGACUGCCACAGGGCGUGUCAGGCACCUGCACCGAGCCAGCAGGGCCCCGAGGUUCUGGCUCCCGCUGGAGAGCCAACAUCGAGGAGAGAAUCCACCCCUGGGAGGCCCACAUCUGGAGCAGGCUCCUCAUCUGGAGCAGGCACCUCAUCUGGAGCAGGCACCUCAUCUGGAGGAGGCGGGUCCACCUCUGGAGGGUCAACAGGCGGGCAGUCACGCAACAUGGGGAGGAUUUUCACAGUCCAGGGAGGUUCGAGCACCGGCACCGGCAGACAGGCCACAAGCGCCGCCACAAACGCCCACAGAGGUAGAACCUAUCUGCGGGGACGCCGGCCUGCGCCUGUCACCGCUGCACAGCACAGCAGCCCAGCAGCGAGUUUGACGCUGGGUGAAGUGACCAUCGAUAAGUCGGACCCCUCCACAGUGGAAGCUUUGGUCGGCCAGACGGUCGUGCUGCCCUGCAGAGUCAGUCCUCCGCCGUCCUCCACCGUCAUCGUGGAGUGGAGACGAGAGGGCGUCCCUCUGUCCACGCGCAGGCAUCACCAGCAGCCCAAUGGCUCCCUGUUGGUUGGUCCUCUCACCAAGUCGGACUCUGGCUGGUUUUUGUGCUUGGCCACUCGGGAACGUGAGAGAGAUCACCGCUACAUUUACCUCUCCGUCUCAGAGGGAUCGUCCCCCACCUCUCUCCCCGGAGACGGCCCGUUCCCUCGGUUCAGUAUUGACCGUUCGAGUCCGUCUUUGCUGGAAACGCGAUCAGGACAAACUGUCCGGCUGCCCUGCACCAUCGUCCCUCCGUCAGCUCUGCAGUCUGUCAGCGUUCAGUGGACAAAAGAUGGACGGACCCUCACUGACUCCAGGUUUACCCAGAAGUCCGAUGGCACGCUGAUCGUUGGUGGCCUGAAGUCUGGUGACUCCGGGGUCUACACGUGCACAGCCUCCAGUCUGCAGCAGCUGGACCAGAGACAACUGCAACUCAGAGUCCAAGUGGACCUGAAGAUCACCACGGCCCCAAACAACAUCCAGGUGUCUGAAGGCAGCACGGCUCUGCUCCCCUGUGUGGUGUCAGGAGACAACAUUAACAUCGGCUGGUCCAGAAAUGGCGUCCCGGUGCGUCCAGACGGUCGUAACAUCCUGAUGUCAUCCGACGGCAGCUUGAUCCUAAACAAUGUGAAGUCGUCGGACGAGGGCACGUACACCUGUAACGCCUACACGGGCAUCUACUCAGUGAGCGCCACGGCUGAAGUGAGGGUCAUCAAAGACACGCAACAAGGUGUCGAUGUGCCUCCAGAAUGCGUGGACCAGCCCGAGCUCGCCAACUGCGAGCUGAUCGUCUACGCCCGACUUUGCUCCAACUCGUACUACUCCAGUUUCUGCUGCGCCAGCUGCACCAGGCAUUCACAGAAAAACGACAGGUUCGGCUGGCUGGGUUAAAACCGCCGAGCGAUUGAAAAACCGUGGCCCAGGCAGGUUGGUGCUCUCGGGGACUGGAUCUUUAAAAACCUGAACUUUCAACUCUGAACUGCCGCAUUUGCCCAAAGGACUUAAACAUAUCCGAGCAGGUUGUGCAGAGUCGUACUUCAACGAUACAAAAGGGACUGAUUACUGUAGGCGUAGUUAAAUCUGUGGAGUAGGAUUUCUGCAGCUUUGUUCAGGGAGCCUUUACAUGUAGGAAGCGAAUGAUCCCGUAACGUCUGUUGAAUGUGACCAAUCAAAACUCAGACUUUUUCUUUUGAAACGUGUUUAACAUUAAGUUAUUGCUCAACUGGACCGACUUUAUGAUUCAUGCUCUCUGUUUUUAAGAGAAUCGUACAGCUGAUGCAGGAUUUAACGUAUCGUGAAACUUCUCCAUCCUCGCUGUAGUGUUAGCCACCAUAUUUCUUUUGAAGAAAUCGAUGCAGGAAUUUGCUUUUUCGCUGAUUCUGUGACGUACCAGGAGCUCACACUGUUUAUUUGUAUGUAAUUAUUUGAUAAUAAAAUAAUAUUUUGAUUAAAAAAA